AUGGCCAUUUACGGUUUCCACAUCAUGGCGAUGUCGGCACUUGGUGUUCUGCUGCUGUUAGUGUAUAUGAAGUACAUGGAGUCUGGAGAUGUAGCAAUCCGCAAAACGCCACGGCGAGAGUGUCCAUACAGAGAGGACAGGGGUUUCACAGAAACUGUGGUCACUCCUUCCACUCAAACUCCACCCAGUGCAGCUAUACCGGACGCAAAAAGAACGUCAAAGGUGACCAAUGUCCUGUUUCUCAAGACACACAAAACUGCUGGCAGCACGGUGCUCAACAUUUUAAUGCGCUUUGGUGAAAUGCGAAACUUGACAUUCGCUCUAGGAGCCUCGCCCGUCCUGUACAGGCUAGGCUACCCCGAGAAGUUUCUCCCCGGUUAUGCUCUCCCCCUGGCCACUGGGCGUUACGACAUGCUGUGCCACCACGCCCGUUACAGCAGCGCCAUGAUGGACGUGGUACCAAUAGGGACAGUGUUCAUUACUAUUUUACGACACCCAGUAAAGCUGAUUGAAUCUUGGUUUGCCUUUUUUAAAAUUGCACAGAGACUACACGUAGAUAUGGAUACUUUCUUAGAGGCUCCUCACAAAUACUAUUCCCAAUACGGAUUCGUCAGAGGAGUAAACACAGCAUUUACGAAUCCAAUGUUGUUCGACCUAGGGCUUGAUCCAAUAGACUCGUUGAAUCAGACCAAAGUUUAUGAUAGAAUUCUGGAGAUAGACGAAGUAUUUUCUUUAGUUAUGAUAGCAGAAUAUUUUGAUGAGUCACUGAUAUUACUGAAAGAUUUGCUUAACUGGUCCUUUCAUGACAUAGUUUACUUCCGACAAAAUUCGCGCAAGAAGACCGGCGACAAAACAGAGAUAAUAACUUUGAACAGAACAAGGAACAUUCAAAUAACACACGGUGGCGACAUAAAACUCUAUGACCACUUUAAUAAAACAUUCUGGAGAAGAGUCCACACGUUUGGUGUAGACAGGAUGCAGAGAGAACUGAAACAGUUUGACCUUGAAAAACAAUAUUGGGAGAAACGGUGUAUCAGUAAACUUGCAUCUUACGGGAAUAUUACAAAUAAAGAAUUUAGGCCCUAUGAGACCAUGGUUCUUGGGUACGAGCUGACCCCAGAGAUGGCCAGCGACGUCAACUGUGUCCUUAUGGCAACGACCCAACUCCCCUUCACAAGAAAAAUCUACAGACGCAUGUUGAAUAUGAACCAAUUAAAAAGUAAUGUCUUUAACGCCAGGCUGGUACAAGAAGGCAAGCCUUUUGCCGCUGACACACACGUGAAGACCUAA